AUGCCGAGGAGGGCAGGCGCCGCAAAGACGAGGAGCGGCAGCAGGUGGCGGCACUGGAGCACAGCCUGGUGCAGCAGGCAGAGAUCGAAAAGGCACGGCAGGAGGAGGCGGAAGGCCGGCGCCGGAGAAAGCAGCAGGAGCAUGGCGAAGCAGAUGGCUGAUGCUGCCAAGGAGGCGCAGGAGAAGAAGGCCUUGAAGAAGCACGAAGAGGCGCAGAAGGACAGGAUUUGCUUCCGCCGUAGCGGUUGGAGCUUCAACUCGAUCUGCCGGUAG